UACGUAAAAUGAUAUAUUUGCCAUUCUAUGCGCAGACGUCAUUUUCAUGUAGUGUGUCGCGCAGCCUUGUCUGUGUUAUAAAAGCCGACGGAAAACAUACAGACGCAUUCCGGUCGUAGGCUUAAACUGGAUAACAUUCGAAAAGUAUGUUUGUUGGCGGUAGGAAGAAAACCUUCAUAUUAGAGCUACCAGUAUUACACAGAUUCGAAGAAUUGUUUUCAUCUGGCUCAAAAGAUGUUACACAGAAUCCUAUCACCACGUUUCUUCGGUCCUAGAGGGAAGUUAUUAUGCGACUAUCAAGACAGGAAAAAAAUAAUUCGGACAAAAAUGUCGAGAUCGGGUACACGUAGACAUGAUGCAAUAUCGACGGGUGACUACACAAUUUGUGUUGAAUCUGCUGACAAACCAAAAGGAGGGUGCAGAGGCACAAUUUAUGUAAAACUUCUUGGAGAUGGCAAAGUUGGUGAUGAGGAUGAGUUGUGCGUAGCUGAAUUUCCAGAAAAAAUUUCAAGAGGUCACAAGAACUUUUUCAAAGUCGAUGAACCAAAGAUCAGAAACAUUGAUGGGAUUGAGAUUCGUGGGGAUGCGAUGGUCGGUAAAGAUGGUUGGAAUAUCGAUAAAGUGAUGGUUACAAACAACAAGACAGGUGUUGAAACGGUAUUACCAGUGUUUGCCAACAUAAGAAGUGACAGGACAUACAAAUUUAUGACGGACGACCUUUCAUUGCCGCACUUGAGUUCGAAAAAAGAGGACAGAAAACGUGAUCUUGAAGAAAUGAGGGAGCUAUAUGAGCUAACAGAAAAAUAUCCGGGUUGUCCUCCCCUAGUAAAAAAGCUACCACCAGAAGAAAAGUUUUCAUAUGAAUAUAAAUUUCAUAUUGGUGGGAAAUUAAAAGCAUUAGAAGCGUUAGCAGCAUUUGAUAAGGCAACCUCUGGUGCAUUCCAUAAGCUGGACGAUAUAAAGAGUGUGUAUGGGAUUGUCUUCCCCAAACCUUCAAACCUAGAAAGGUGGAAAAACGAUGAAUUAUUUGGAAUGCAGCGUCUAAUGAGUGUAAACCCCUGCGUGAUACGUCUUUGUACCAAAAUUCCAGACAAGCUUGCAGUCAACGGUCAAAUGCUGAAGCCAUUUCUUGAAAGUAUGACAUUACCACAGGCUUUACAGAAGAAGCGGAUAUUCAUAAUUGAUUAUGACAUACUAGAUGGUCUACCAACAAGAGCAGGGUAUGUCAUGUGUGCUCCAAUUGCUUUAUUCUAUCAAAAGAAUAAUGGCAAACUAGUACCUAUCGCUAUCCAGUUAUUUCAGAAGCCUAGUGCCAACAAUCCCGUCUUUCUCCCAACCGAUCCCCCCACAAACACAUGGAUUCUAGCAAAGAUGUGGUUCAACGUAGCAGAUGCAAAUUACCACCAGUCCGUUGCACAUCUUGGGUUUACCCAUUUAAAGAUGGAAGGUAUCGUCGCUUGUACUCACAGACAGAUACACAAGGACCAUCCUAUCUUCAGAUUACUGAUGCCCCACUUUCUUUAUCUCAUUGCCAUAAAUAAUAUUGGCAUUCCGAUAUUACUCAACGAACAUGGAUACGUGGCAGAAUUGCUGAAUUUAGGCACAAACGGAAUGGUAGAACUUAUGAAACGUAAAAACGAGAAGUGGCGAAUGGACGUUGAUGGUACCCUAUCAACUGACUUGAAAGUACGAGGUGUAGACGAUCAAAAUCUUUUACCGCAUUAUUACUACCGUAAUGACGCCAUCCCGCUUUACGAUGCAAUACGCACGUAUGUACGUAAAUACCUGGAUCUUUAUUACGCCUCAGAUGUUGACGUGCAGGAGGACUACGAGCUGCAGAAUUGGAGGCAAGAAAUCGUUGCCCCUGUGGACCAACAGGGGCUUGGCAUGCUUGGUGUUUAUGGGGAGAACGGCAAAUUCAUCACUAAAGAACAAGUUUGUCAUACCCUGACAAGCAUUAUUUUUACAUGCAGCGUGCAACAUGCAGCUGUCAACUUCCGUCAGUAUGAAGAUUAUGCCUAUCCUCCAAACUAUCCACUAGGACUCCGAGGAAGUCCACCAAAAGGCAAUGGCCAAAUAGAAGAUAUUGAAUUGCUUCAAAGCCUACCACAAAAAACAACAACAUAUGAUACCUUGGUCAUAACGAAUGUGCUAAGUACGAGAGGAAUGAAUAAGCUAGGGAACUUUGAGGUUCACUCUAUCAUCGAUAAAAAGGCACUUGAAGUAGUUGAAGAGUUUCGAGCCGACCUGACACGCAUUGCCAAUGAUAACAAAGAAAAAAACAACGGGAAUCAAAGAAUUGAAAACUAUUGGUGUUUGAAUCCCAACUAUGUACCAAAUUCUAUAAGCAUCUAAUUGUUGUCGAGCUGAACAAGAAAUGCACUUUUGAGUUGAUUGCUGCGAAAUGAAAAACGCUCCAACUUCCACCUCGUUUGUUAUAGACAGAAAUUUUUAUCUCUACAAAUUAGAUUCAUUAUAUAUCAAUAUGUUAAGCUGUCCAUUUCUUUUAUUUUGCUGUUAUCCAUUAGUUAUUCACUAUUUCUUGUAGAUGGAGAUUAUAAGUGUUGAAAUAUACACGUAUUGGUGUAUAGUUUACGUGAGUAAAAUAUUGUAUUUCUUGUGUAUUUUGACGGUUUUUGUGGCUGGUAUAUCUUGUAGGCUUGCGUCUUUUGAAUACAAUUUAAACUUUC